AUGGUCGAUUAUAAGGGGCAGGCGCAUGCGGAGAUUUUGCUGGUGGUGUGCUUCGUGGUCAUCUGUACGCCUGCAUGGGUAUACGGUUAUGUCCAACAGGACUUCUCGUACCCACUCCAAGCCUGGGCUGCUGCUACGGUUCUUAGUGCACUGUUGAUUCUGCCCAACUGGCCAAUCUACAAUCGCAACCCGAUCAAGUGGCUGCCCAGCGCCAUCAGCGGCAACGGCAGCUACAUACUACGUAUGAAACUGGAAACGAAGCAAGUAGCCUUCCUAUAA